AUGGCGGGCCGUUUUGUUCGCUCAUCCAAGUAUCGACAUGUCUUCGGACGCCCAACGCGAAAGGAACAAUGUUAUGACAAUCUCCACAUCUCCAGAAAUGCCUGGGACACCAAUCUCGUGAAGGUCAACCCUCAAUACAUAUCGGUCAACUGGGAAACCUCAGGGGGUGGCGCGUUCGCUGUAUUGCCAAUCAACGAAACCGGAAGACUCCCUGAACGGUUCCCUCUCUUCCGCGGACAUACCGCCGUUGUGCUGGAUACUGACUGGAACCCUUUUAACGACUCCUUGAUCGCGUCGGGGUCCGAUGACGGCAAGGUUUUUUUAUGGAGAGUGCCGGAAAAUUUCACAUUAUACUCGGAUGCUGAGCAAAUCGAAGAUAUCUCGCCCAUGGGAAAAUUAAGUGGACAUCCAAGGAAAGUUGGACAUGUUCUUUUCAAUCCUGCCGCCGAGAACGUUUUGGCAUCAUCCUCUGGGGACUUCACUGUUAAAAUCUGGGACAUCGAAUCCGGAUCGUCCAAUCUUACACUGAAACAUGGCGAAGUGAUUCAAUCUCUGUCCUGGAGUGCAAAUGGCUCGAUGUUGGUUACGACUUCACGCGAUAAGAAACUUCGAUUUUGGGAUGUCCGUCAGGAGAGAGCUGCCCACGAAACCGCUGGCCACUCUGGCGCUAAGAGCAGCCGCGCUGUAUGGAUGGGAGAACAUGAUCGUGUCGCCACGACCGGAUUUUCGAAAAUGAGCGAUCGCCAACUGGCUUUGUGGGAUAUCCGUGCCCCGAGAGAGCCUAUCGGUGGUUUCAAAUCUCUCGAUUCUAUUUCUGGCGUCUGCAUGCCGUUUUGGGAUGAGGGAACCCAGUGCUUAUAUUUGGCAGGAAAAGGGGAUGGUAAUAUCCGUUACUUUGAAUAUGAGAAUGACAAAUUCGAAUACCUAUCAGAAUACCAAUCAGCAGACCCGCAACGUGGUGUUGGCAUAAUGCCGAAACGUGGCGUGAACAUGCAUGAGAACGAAGUGGUUAAGGCGUUCAAGACCGUUAAUGAUACCUACAUUGAGCCCAUUUCCUUCAUUGUUCCUCGAAGGGCGGAGAUGUUCCAAGACGAUAUCUACCCGCCCACCACUGGCCUCAAACCAGCCAUGUCAUCUGGUGAAUGGUUUGCUGGCAAGGAAGGUCUCCCACCGAAGAUUGACAUGGAGAGUUUAUACGGGGGUGAGGGACUCAAGGAAAUCGCCUCGAAAACAGCCUCCGCUCCAAAAGCCACUCCCUCCGUUAAAGCGCAUGAGUAUACUUCGAAGGAGCCAGAAUCUCGAAAACCUGCUCCCGCCACUGUCAGCACUGUCAUUCCUCCAUCUGUACAGGAGCAAGCUUCCUCUGUGGCAAACAUGGUUUCCAAAUAUGCAGAUCACGAAGAAAAGGGGGAGGAUGGUGAUGAUAGCUCGAGCUUCGAGGAAGUCCAAAAGCCAGCGAGUCGUCCAUCUGCCAUUACAUUUUCUUCACCGGGAGUCAGAGAGCCAGUUGUGGCAUCGAAAGGGAAUUCGAAGGCAGAGCCCCUCCCCACGACCUCUACACCCAACAAGUCAUCACCGUACACUUCCACCGCGGACAUUCCGUCUGGUGUACAUGAUGUAGUUCAACGUGAACUGUCGUCUAUACGAGCAUUAAUUGCAGAGCAGGGCCGGACAAUUGUUGCUCAGUCCCAGCAGAUUCAGUUCUUAAUGAGCGAAAUCGAAGAGCUGAAGAAGAAGUUAUCCUAA